UUCAUCAGAAUUGGGCUGUAUGAGGUUCUAAGUGAGAAUUCUGUCAUUGCUGCCAGUGAUGGCUUUGGAAAAAGAUGCCUGUCCCGCUUUACCGAAACUGGACGACAGUGGUGCAGCAGGGAACGAAUCUAAGCCUGCCAAUAAGUGUGAUGACGUUCACUUGCCACGGUUCUCAAUAAAGCAAGGCAUGUUCCCAUCACGUUAUGUUAUGCCUUGGAAAGAAAACAUGAAAUUCAGGAAUGUGAAUCUGCAGCAAGCAGAUGCGUGUGGGAUCUAUGCUGGCCCCUUGGAAGAUUCUCUGUUUUGGGGUCACAGUGAGCGGCUUUGCCAUGGGGAAGACCGGAAAGUCAUCAUGAAGAAAGGCCCACCGGAGAUAAAGAUUGCCGACAUGCCUUUGCAUUCGCCUCUGUCCAGAUACCAGAGCACCGUGAUCUCCCAUGGCUUCAGGAGGCGACUGAUCUAAUGGGCUGACCUUGGGGUAGCAGUGUGCUUGCCCAACACACAAGAGGCUCAGUGUUCUAAUCCCAUUACUACCAAAAAGAAUAAAAUUAUAAAAUAGUUCAA